AUGGUUGACAGGAAUCGCCUUCAAUUAGUACCUCAAGGCAAGAGCGUUAAAGGACAAGCUUGCACAAACGGACAAUUCAGUGGAGUUUGCGGUGCCGACGGCCGGUGUGGACUAAACAUUCCGCCGAACGAGCUGUCACGUCAAUUCGUCGCUGGUCAAUGCGGCCGAUGA